CUGUCUGGUACUCACUCAUGGAAUAAAGGCAUUAGUGGGUAGUGCUUCCAACUGAAGGAAACGCCAUGGGUUUCUUACCGCUGGUUCUGGUUCAUAUCCUUGUCAGCUUUGCCGCUUGUGCUGGGGCCAUAAGGAGAGCAGACUUCCCUCCCGGGUUUACCUUCGGCACAGCUUCUUCCGCUUACCAGUACGAGGGCGCUGUCAAUGAGGGUCAACGCGGACCUACAAUAUGGGAUACUCUCGCGAAACGACCUGGGCGGGUGAUAGAUUUCAGCAAUGCAGAUGUUGCUGUUGACCAUUACCAUCGUUACAAGGAAGAUGUUGACUUGAUGAAGGAUAUUGGCGUGGAUGCAUACCGGUUCUCUAUCUCAUGGUCACGCAUCUUCCCAAAUGGAACAGGCAAACCUAAUGAAGAAGGAUUGAGUUACUAUAACAGCCUCAUAGAUGUUCUAUUAGAUAAAGGUAUCCAACCAUAUGUAACACUCUUCCACUGGGACCUUCCGCAAGCACUGGAAGACAAAUACGGUGGCUGGUUAAACUCGCAAAUUGUGGAGGAUUUUGUUCACUAUGCAUCUACUUGCUUCCAGGAAUUCGGAGAUAGAGUGAAGCACUGGAUAACUGUUAAUGAGCCCCAUAACUUUGCAAUUGAUGGUUACGAUUUUGGCAUCCAAGCACCUGGGAGGUGCUCCAUUUUGUCUCAUUUGUUCUGUAAGGAUGGUAAAUCAUCAACCGAACCGUAUAUUGUAGCCCACAACAUACUCUUGGCUCAUGCUGGUGUUUUUCAUACUUACAAGCAAUAUUUUAAGAAAAAACAAGGAGGCCUCAUUGGAAUUGCACUUGAUUCCAAGUGGUAUGAACCAUUGUCAGAUGUCAAUGAAGACAGGGAAGCGGCAGCACGGGCAAUGGACUUUGAGCUUGGAUGGUUCUUGGAUCCCUUAAUGUUUGGCCACUACCCUGCCUCCAUGCAGAAACUUGUAGGCGACAGGCUGCCUCAGUUUUCAAAUCAGGAGUCACAGUUAGUAUCUGGCUCACUAGAUUUUGUAGGCAUAAACCACUACACAACAUUAUAUGCUAGGAACGACAGGAUGCGGAUCAGGAAACUUGUAAUGAAUGAUGCUUCAACCGAUUCUGCUAUCAUUUCAACUGCUUACAGGAAUGGAAAGAAGAUAGGAGAAACGGCAGCAUCAAGUUGGCUGCACAUAGUUCCCUGGGGCUUGUUCAAUCUGAUGAAACAUGUUAAAGAGAAGUACGGAAAUCCACCUGUGUUCAUUACCGAGAAUGGCAUGGAUGAUGCAAACAACCGGUUUUCCAGACUAGAAACUGUCCUGCAAGAUGAUAAAAGGAUACAGUACCACAAUGACUAUAUGUCUAGCCUCCUAGAUGCUAUAAGGAAGGAAGGUUGCAAUGUCCAAGGUUACUUUGUAUGGUCGCUGCUUGAUAACUGGGAGUGGAACUCAGGGUACACUGUGCGGUUCGGCCUUUACUAUAUUGACUACAACAACAACUUGACAAGGAUACCCAAAGCGUCAGUCGAGUGGUUCAGUCAGGUUCUGGCCCAGAAGACUGCGAUCAUGUAGAUAACAAUACACUGUUUCCCCACUGUCCAUUAAGUGUGCAACUGUGCAUAAUUGACAUUUACACACAUAUCUUAGGUGCAAAAAGUGUAACUCCCAGGUUCCCGACACAACCGUCAACCUUGCUGUUGAACGGAGUCACUGUUGUUGUACUUGUACAUUGAUCUUAUAGAAAUAGAAGAGAAUUACAGCUUUUGAAAA